CUCACCUCGACUGCUACACAUCCAAAUUGCAUGUUGGGUGCAAUGUGCCCUUGGCCCGCACCGUAUAAGAUGGAGCAUCCGCCCCUCGACCAGGCCCUCAUAUCUAGCGAUGGGCCUAUUCGACAUUAUAAAGCGCACCUUCGCUAAUAAUCUGCGGAGCUGUGCUCAACAGGCCAGCGCGCGACCAGCCUGCGCCUCCCCCGCGGAAACGACGUUAGGAUCGAGGCCCAAGAUCAACUCCAGGUGGACUGCUGUUGCCAACGUCUGGCAUACCGUCUACUCCCUCUCCCACUUCCGCAAGCGUGCGCUGCUCAUCGGGAUUGCGUACGGAAACAGGAAGGAAUGGACGCUGAGGGGAACACAUAGCGAUGUAGACUCCGUGCAGAGACUGCUUUCUGGACGCUAUGCCUUCCGAUCAGAGGACAUUGUCAUCAUGAAGGAUGCCGAGGGUGUCGAGCAGCACCUGUGGCCUACGGAGAAGAACAUACGCCGUGAGCUCAAGAACUUCACCCUGAACUGCGGCCCACGCGACCGGUUCUUCUUCUUAUACGCGGGGCAUGCAGGUCAGAAGACCGAGCGUAUCAAGGGGUCGGAAAGAGACGGGAAGGACGAAUUCAUCAUCCCCUGUGACGUGCUAGAUAUGGAUGGAAAAGGAUGUAUCGAAGACAACGACCUACACGACUACCUUGUCAAGCCACUCAAGCCGCACUGCAAGCUGGUGGCCGUCCUCGACGCGUGCCAUUCCGCUACUUUGCUCGAUCUCACUCACGACAAGUGUCUGGACGUGGGGCGAUGGACAAGCAAAGUUGUACAUACGGUGCAUCGAGUACUCGAUGUUCUCGACAUACCUUCUUUGGAGCCUUCGCCAAAGGUUGAGCAGCAGCCGAACGAGGCCGUGCAGAGCGUCUGCUGCGACGUCAUGAUGCCUGUAAUGAAUCGGUUGGUCAGGCGGUGGCGCUUUUGUUGUGGACUUUGUCGACCCGCGAUCCCUUGGGACGAACCUUUCGUGCUCUGCAUCAGCUCUUGCAAGGACAACGAGUCGGCCAUAGAGACGAGUGGUGUAUCGAUGACAAAGACGUUGGUUGGCGUACUAGAAGCCCACGAGAGACCCUCGCUAGCGGAACUGCUCACCCACGUCCGCGCGAACCUUGCCUCAGCCUACGAAGAUGAGAAACGGAAGCGCUGGGAGCAGUGGAAGGCGAAGAACGCAAAGAACCCGGACGUUGGCAAGGUCCUGCGUCUGACUCCGCUUGCAUGCCUCAAUUUGGUACCGAACCAGCUUCCCCGACGUCUGAGCCAGCGAAUCCCGUGCUAUCCUCCGCUCGCGAAGGUUCAGAUGGCGUCGAACCUCCCUCGGCAGACAGCCGUCGAAAGACUCUGGUUGUAAAGCGCUUUUACUCUGAAGACGUUAAGUUCAGGCCUGGUCGCCACCCUCGUCAGGUUCGGUUUGAGUAUUCUUUCUCGCUCGUAUGCUUCCAGGACGUUCGUCUUAUCUUAUUCGCUUGGUCUGUCCGCUGUCUGUUUACUUCAUAUUUCCCUUUCUUUGGGGCUCUGGAUAACGUGUAUUGUUUCCAUCUGGGAUUUGUCGACGAGACGAUCUCUAUGUACCGAAUGUGCUAUAAUUUUGUAGAGUCUAGCAUGUCACUAGGAUUCAUCUCAUUCGCCAUGCCAUCAGCGACA